UCAUCUCUUCUUCGGCUUAUUUCAAGUAGCAUUAGAUAUUUUUCUUGUGAGUACUGGAAAGGCAGUUUCUUCUUUUGUUCAAUGGCAUUUCCUCUGCAGCUUGUGGUGGGAAUUAUUGGAAAUAUAACUUCACUGGCACUUUACCUGUCACCUAUGACAACAUUCUGGGGCAUAUUCAAGCUUAAGUCCACCCAAGCGUAUUCAGGACUUCCAUAUGUCUGUACCUUGUUCAACUGUUGUCUUUGGCUACUAUACGGAUCCCCAUUUGUUAAACCCCACAGCACAUUGCUGCUCACGAUCAAUGGUGCAGGAUUUGUUCUUGAAAUAUUUUAUCUGGUGUCCUUUCUGACAUUUGCCACUAAGCAGCAGAAGGUGAAAACAGUGCGGUUAGCCAUAGCAAUGAUGGUUGCUUUUGUCACGGUAGUUGCAGUUACGAUUUAUGCGCUGCACACUUACAGUGCCAGACAGUUGGUGGCUGGCACUUUAGGCGUGAUCCUUUCCAUUGUUAUGUAUGCCUCCCCAUUAUCCGUUGUGGGAGAUGUUAUCAGGACCAAAAGUGUGAAGUACAUGCCAUUUUUAGUCUCCCUAUUCAGCACUCUAAAUGCACUUGUCUGGUCUGCAUACUCUCUAAUGGCCAGGGAUAUCUUUAUAGCUGUGCCCAAUGGAAUUGGUUUCCUUUUAGGAAUAACUCAGCUCGUUGUUUACUUCAUUUACAGAACCUCAGAGCCUAUUUUGCCUAUAUCUAGUGAAUUUCCUGAAACCAAAAAGACAGAUGAUGCAUUUGAUCUGCCUAUCCAUAUAUUGGAGGUGGACGCCUCAAAUGUUAUCAAAGUGGCUGAAGUGAAUCUUGUUAUAACUGAUCAAGUUUGAUUUCGUUCUCAAUGAUCAAUAAUCAGCAAGUUCUGUACAGGGUACAGCAUCCUCAGGCAGUCAGACUCUGUUCAAUUGCACGAAAAUGGGCAUUAGCAGAUAAAAGUGGAGGAAGAUGGCUAUCUAAUAAUUAAUCCACUAUGCGAGAGGCAAAAUGUAGAUAGAGUUGACCACUUGUGGAGCUUUAUUGUAAACUUUUAAAUUCCUGUUUCUUAGUAAUGAAAUAUUUCCUUGGGAAUGCAAUUCACUAAA